UCAGUUCUUCCAGAAGUUUCUGGAAUAUUCAAAUUAUAAUUUCCUUAAUCCUUGUACGUCAUUUCCUCUUUAGUUAGUUCUAGGAAUGUUCUAGAACAUUCUACAUGUAUAUAUAAGAGCUUCAUUUGUAGUAACCGAGGUCUUUGGUUGACUUUAAAUAAAGUGAUAUUGUUCAAAAGUGUUCUCUUCUUAAGCCUAUAAACGUGACAAGUUUGGUGGAGGCGCCGGGUAACUUCUCAGUCUGGAAGCGGAAGAAAUACGGCGAAGCCGCAGACUCUUAAAUCUUCCUCCGGAAUUUGGACCUUUCGUUGUUGCCCCACGAAAACUGCCCAAUCGCACGGAAAUGCCGGAAGGAGAAGAAAAACCUCAACCUAUUCUGAUUUCUCCUGCCCUAAUAAGGGAGCCUAAAAAGCCAACAAUUUUUACAGGGGAUCCUGGACAAGAUCCGACCAAAUGGAUGAAAGAAUACCUUAGAGUAUCGAAAUUCAAUCAAUGGGAUGACACACUUUGCUUAGCUAAUGUAUAUUUUUUCCUGGAUGGGACCGCCCGGACUUGGUUUGAUAAUAACGAAGAUAAACUGAACUCGUGGGUCGAAUUUCAAGAAGAACUGACAAAAACCUUUGACACCCAACUGUAUAUAAGGCGAGCAAAAGAUCGUCUAAAAGGCCGAGCGCAAAAUACUGGUGAAGCUACACAAUCCUAUAUUCAAGACGUACUGGGACUUUGCAACCAAAUAGAUCCAAACAUGUCCGACGAAGAAAAAGUGUCCCACCUAAUGAAAGGAGUCGCAGAAGAUGUGUACCAGGCACUGUUACCUAAAGAGGUAAAAACGACAGUCGAUUUCAUUAAAUGUUGCCAGUACAUCGAGGAAAUGCAACAAAAAAGAAUUAGACGUCAGAAGUUUUCUCGUUUACCCAAUGUUAUUCCCAUAGCUUCCGUGGACGAGGAGCAACCGUUAACAUCGCUGAUACGCAAAAUUGUUCGGGAAGAAAUACAAAGAAUGACUGCACCACAAGUCGAAAGCCAAUAUUCCGAACUACAAUCCAUCGAAAGCAUCGUACGAGAGGAAAUCGAGCAAUCGUUGGCUCCUAUAUCUCGUGAAAACUUGGGAAGAGUCGCUCAAGCACCUAAACGCCGCAUGCAACCAAUAUAUAGUAGGCCUGCCCAGACUUCAUGGCCUCAACAGAACCAGAUGCCGAGGAAAACCGACGUAUGGCGUACCACCGACAAUCGGCCAGUCUGUUUCCAUUGCGGCCGCCCAGGUCACGUAGUACGCUAUUGCAGAGAUAGAAGAUCUUCAUUUGUUGACCAAUUCAAGAACGACAGACGUGACGCAACUUCUUACCGGACAUACAAUCGUACCGCUGACAUCAAUCGAGAAACGGGCAGAAAUCCUUCACCAAGUCCGAGUCGAGGACGAUCGCCUACCCGCCGUUAUAGAUCGCCGUCUCCCUACAGAAGAUAUAGCCAGUCGCCGAACCGCCGAAAUGAGGAAAACUAAGUUCCGCGACCUGUGUUG